CCUCCCGCGGCGUGCGCGGCUUCAGCGCUACGCGAGCGCGGGGAUCCGCCGCGGCCUGCGGGCCGCCAUGGCCGGGGAGGUGAAAACCAAGCUGUCCAAGAACCUGCUGCGCAUGAAGUUCAUGCAAAGGGGUUUGGAUUCACAAACUAAAAAACAACUAGAAGAAGAAGAGAAGAAGAUAAUUAGUGAAGAACACUGGUAUCUUGAUGUACCAGAUCUAAAGGAAAAAGAGAGCUGUAUAAUAGAAGAGAGAAGCUUUCUGCGAUGUGAGGAUUUCGUUUAUGGCCGAAUGUCCUUCAAAGGAUUCAAUCCAGAAGUUGAGAAGUUAAUGAUCCAAAUGAACUCUAAGUGCAAGGAAGAAGAAAUUGAAGAGGAUGAUAAAAUGGAGGCUGAUGUGUCAGAUGAAGAAAUGGCCAGAAGAUAUGAAACAUUAGUGGGAACAAUAGGGAAGAAAUUUUUGAGAAAAAGGGACCAACGUGUACUCAAGAAUGAUGACGAAGAUGAAGAUGACGAAAUUGAAGAGGGGAAUAGUAACACAAGACCUAGUAAAAGAGCUAAGAAAAUGUUCUUAAAACCUCAGGAUUAAUGUCAACUGCACAAGUGGAACUUGUUACCUAAUGCCUACCAGAGUACCAAGAACUGGAGAUUGUUUGGAGUUUUUGCUAUUUAAUGUAAAGGGUGGAUUUCUAAAUCUGUUCUGUUCUCAUUGAAAUUUCUACCAUCCACAGGACACACUUUCCAAAGUGGGUGUUUAUAUAAUGGAUGUUGUACAUCCUUUCCUCUCUCAGCAGCUUUUCAUGAGUGGGGCACUCGUCCUGUCAGUCUCUAAAUGUUUGCAUAGUUAAAUUAAGUGUUGCAUGCAAUCAAAAGCAACAUUAUUUACAAUUUAGGAUAACAUCUGAAAGAAGUAUUUGGAGUAAAGAUGAGCUGUGUCCAAUUCAGUAAGGCAGUUCAGCUUUCACUGCUUGCUUUAUUGCAAAAAUGAAACCUGCGCUCUCUUCAAAUUGAAAAAAGCAGAAACAUGCCUGGUUUUUGAGCUUCUUUACUGUGCUAAAAAUAAGAUGGUAAGAACAGAGAUAAAAUCCACUUUAUUGAAUUUUAUUUUUUAUAAAGUUUAUUUUAAAAUCGAGGAUUUUGUAGUGAAACUUUUUUUUAUUCAGCAAGCCAAAUAUUGGGCGACGUUUUCAGUUUGACAUCUGAGCAGAUUGAGUCUUAGUUUCUGCCUUCCAAAAGAAGUUUGCUAAUUUUGCCUUUUUCAGCAAAAAAAUCCAAUCUUGUAAUUAUGUAAGUCUUGUCACAAAAGCAUAAUAACAUUUUCAGAAACAUACUUGAAAGCUGAAUAAAAACUGUGGGGCUUUGUGUUAAUGAUUGUGGAUUAGCUUAUUUAAUGUAAAAAAAUUAUGCUUAAUAUAGUCUGAUACAAGGAGUGAUCUUGUUUUGUGCUGGCCACAGAUGUCCCCCAACAUUAGCUGAGUGCACUGAUUUAUUUAGCAUGUGAUGAAACCAUCUCAAGUUGUGUUAGGAUAGAAUCACCAUUCUCUGGUCACCUGGUGCUCUGGACCUGUUGAAAAACAUCAGUGUGAUCUUGUCUAAU